AUGACACAUGAGAAACAGAAAGGGCUCUUCAAGUGUUGGACGGACCAGAGAGUGGGCAUUGCUUUGCUGGCUGAAAUUAACCUUCAAUGGUCAGCAAUGCCAAGAGGACACAAGUGGUUUGAUCUGGUUAAGUUCUUCACUAAUCAGGGUCAGUGUCUUUCAUCAGGAGUUUCCAACUCCGCAUCAAUGGUGCGGAUGUUCUGCUACAUCACUCAACAAGGUCGCACGCCAUGCAAAUCAGGCGGCAAAGAUGAGACAGGGCUAGGCAGGUUCUCUUGGAUCAAGAUCUGGAGUAGGGGCAUCCGACAACAGGAUGGUCCUUUAGAUCUUGUGGUGGUCUCUGCAUAUUGUCCAAACAAGGAAGGUACCAAUGUGGGUAGUGUUUGGAACUACCAACGGAAUUACUGGCUGAGCAACGGGGUGACUAUGGAUCCCUGUGACAAGAUUACACUCGAUCUGGUGGAUCUGAUCAAACAAUUGAAAGCGGAAGGAUGUGAGGAUGUCUCCAACAACUCUCCCUUUUCCUGCCGCCAAGAGAUGUGGUCUGAAGGUCUGACCAAGGCCAUUUUACGCCAACAUCAGGGCCCUUACCCAGCAACAACCCAAAGUCGGACAAUGGAUACUCCCAUUGAUGGUAUAUUUGUGACCGACGGCGUCCGUGUAAUGGCAGGUGGAUACUUGGACUUUCAGCAGUAUUUUAAGUCGGACCACAGGGGACUCUGGAUUGACAUUGACCUGGAAGCGACUCUGGGGGCUCCACCGGUGACCUCUCCUUCGUUCCAACCAGGUCGGUUGACACUGGCUGAUGGUCGGUCGGUGGACCGCUAUAUUAAGGCUGCGGAAGCGGGCUACCGGCAUUUCCGCCUUUCCCAACGCUUGACUCAAUUAUCUGAGGAUAUUUUGGUCCAGGACGGCUACCUUACGGCGAAUCAACAAGCUCGAUUCAACACCAUUCAUCGCCAGGCCUAUGAAAUCCGCCGACGGGCUGAGCGCAACUGCCGGAAACUGGUCAGGACUAGUUCACGGAAGGUAUGGCGUUUGUUGAAGAAGAACGGGCUGAGUGAUGCAUGGAAAUUAUCAGAAGCUGACCUAGAGGCAAAGUGGUACCUUGAACAUCAAGACUACACAGAGGUCAAGCAGAAGCGUGCCCAUCAGUGGCGCCUGGAAUAUCUGGAGAACGAAUCAGCAGCGGACCAGAAAGCAAAGAAGAGCAACAUCAAAGCUCGUACCAGACGGACUUGA